CCUGAGGAGAAUGAAGCAGGACAAGCUGGCUGACCGUCUGCAGAGCAGAAGUCCAGUAGGAGUUUGUAAGCGUAAACUCAAAUCUAACCAGCAGAAGAAGUUGCAGUGUGUGUUUGAGGGGAUUGCUAAAGCAGGAAACCCAACCCUUCUGAAUCAGAUGUUCACAGAGAUCUACCUCACAGAGGGAGGGACUGCAGAGGUCAAUCAUGAACAUGAGGUCAGACAGAUUGAAACAGCAUCCAGGAAACCAGACAGACCAGAAACAACAAUCAGACAUGAAGACAUCUUUAAAGCCCCACCUGGAAGAGAUGAACCAAUCAGAACAGUGAUGACAAAGGGAGUGGCUGGCAUCGGGAAAACAGUCUUAACACAGAAGUUCACUCUGGACUGGGCUGAAGGCAAAGCCAACCAGGACAUCCAGUUCACAUUUCCAUUCACCUUCAGAGAGCUGAAUGUGCUGAAAGAGAGAAAGUACAGCUUGGUGGAACUUGUUGAUUACUUCUUUAGUGAAACCAAAGAAGCAGGAAUCUGCAGGUUUGAAGAGUUCCCGGUUGUGUUCAUCUUUGAUGGUCUGGAUGAGUGUCGACUUCCUCUGGACUUCCUCAACACUAAAAUCCUGACUGAUGUUACAAAGUCCACCUCAGUGGACGUGCUGCUGACAAACCUCAUCAGGGGGAAUCUGCUUCCCUCUGCCCGCCUCUGGAUAACCACACGACCUGCAGCAGCCAAUCAGAUCCCUUCUGGGUGUGUUGACAUGGUGACAGAGAUCAGAGGGUUCACUGACCCACAGAAGGAGGAGUACUUCAUGAAGAGAUUCAGAGAUGAGGAGCAGGCCAGCAGAAUCAUCUCCCACAUCAAGACAUCACGAAGCCUCCACAUCAUGUGUCACAUCCCAGUCUUCUGCUGGAUCACUGCUACAGUUCUGGAGGACAUACUGAAGACCAGAGAGGGAGGAGAGCUUCCCAAGACCCUGACAGAGAUGUACAUCCACUUCCUGGUGGUUCAGUCCAAAGUGAAGAACAUCAAGUAUGAUGGAGGAGCUGAGACAGAUCCACACUGGAGUCCAGACAACAGGAAGAUGAUCGAGUCUCUGGGAAAACUGGCUUUUGAGCAGCUGCAGAAAGGCAACCUGAUCUUCUAUGAAUCAGACCUGACAGAGUGUGGCAUUGACAUCACAGCAGCCUCAGUGUACUCAGGAGUGUUCACACAGAUCUUUAAAGAGGAGAGAGGACUGUACCAGGACAAGGUGUUCAGCUUCAUCCAUCUGAGUGUUCAGGAGUUUCUGGCUGCUCUUCAUGUCCAUCUGACAUUCACCAACUCUGGAGUCAACCUGCUGUCAGAAGCAACCUGCCUGUGGUCUGAUGUGGUAAGAGACAAAUCAUCAUGUUUCUACCAGAGUGCUGUGGACAAGGCCUUAAAGAGUCUAAAUGGACACCUGGACUUGUUCCUCCACUUCCUCCUGGGUCUUUCACUGCAGAAAAAUCAGAAUCUUCUGCGAGGUCUGCUAACACAGACAGGAAGUAGCUCACAUACCAAUCAGGAAACAGUUGAGUACAUCAAGAAGAACAUCAGUGAGAAUCUGUCUCCAGAGAGAAGCAUUAAUCUGUUCCACUGUCUGAAUGAACUGAAUGAUCAUUCUCUAGUGGAGGAGAUCCAACGAGCCCUGAGAUCAGGAAGUCUCUCCACAGAUGAACUGUCUCCUGCUCAGUGGUCAGCUCUGGUCUUCAUCUUACUGUCAUCAGAGAAAGAUCUGGACGUGUUUGACCUGAAGAAAUACUCUGCUUCAGAGGAGGCUCUUCUGAGGCUGCUGCCAGUGGUCAAAGCCUCCAACAAAGCUCUACUGAGUGGCUGUAACCUGUCAGAGAGAAGCUGUGAAGCUCUGUCCUCAGUUCUCAGCUCCCAGUCCUCUAGUCUGAGAGAGCUGGACCUGAGUAACAACAACCUGCAGGAUUCAGGAGGGAAGCAGAUCUCUGUUGGACUGAAGAGUCCACACUGCACACUGGAGACUCUCGGUCUGUCAGGCUGUCUGAUCUCAGAGGAAGGCUGUUCUUCUCUGGUCUCAGCUCUGAGCUCCAACCCCUCCCAUCUGAGAGAGUUGGACCUGAGCUACAAUCAUCCAGGAGACUCGGGAGUGAAGCUACUGUCAGCGGGACUGGAGGAUCCUCUCUGGAGACUGGACACUCUCAGGGUGAGCUGCUGGAGUCAGAUGGUUGAACCAGGUGAGGAAGUGUAAGUGUGUUUUUAAUUCAUUCAUCAAUCUGUGACAUCACUCAUUCAACCCUCUGAUGUCAUCAUCAAGUGCUGAUUGGUUAAUAACUGCAGCUGUGUUGUGUCUCCUCUCUCGUCAGAUUCCUGUGAACUCACACUGGA